UUAUUUUAUUGUUAAUUUUUAUGUUCCUGCCGAGUUCAGGAAACCAAUAAAACUUUCCCACUAACAUAAUCUGUUUACAGUUGUAUUAACGCGACAAUUAACCCGUAAACAAUAAAUGAAGGAAAGUGGCAAUUUCUCUAGUGACAAACGUCGGCCUUAUCGACUUGAAUAAUGGAGCGAGUAGUUAGACUCGCGUCUUCAUCCCGGUAAUUAACGAACCCCCCCCCCCCCCCCCUUCACCCCCACUUUAUCCCCCCGCGUGCACCCAACAGAAUUAAUCACACCAUGAAUCUCGCCCCCCAAUCCUGGGUCGGAUUAAAAAGUUUUAUUGGAGCCCCGAUUGUGACAGCCCGACGCGCCUCGCUUCUGACCUCCCACCAAUCACGGCCCGCUCGCCACGGAAUACCUCCACGCGAUUGGCCGGCGCUUAACGAGCGCCGCCCAUUCUCGCCGCCCGGCCCAGGGCUGUCACCCGCCACGUCAGUUGACCGAGGCGCGUCGACCCGUCAGCCGUAUCCCGCGUUACCGGUUGUGAUCCGUUGUGAUACAGCGUGUGAUGUUGUGAAAAUGGAGGAGGAGUCGAUGUCGGGACACAGUUGUUCGGAGGACGAUAUUAGUGUGGGUCGGCCGUCGCCGGCGCCCUCGCGGUCGCCGUCGCCGCACGACUACUUCAGGCCGCUGAAGCGUUUGAAGAUGUCCGAACCGGCCGAGGAGAGGCGCGGGGAAGGAGUGAAGAGUUUCAGUAUUUUGGACAUUUUAUCGCAUAGCCCGCGGACGCCGGCGAGGAUAGUGAGGCCUUGGGACGGAGCGGCGGCCGGGUUGGAGAGGUUACAGAGGUUGCAGCGGCUCGCGGGGGCUGCUUUGUUGGACGGCGAGCGCUGGCGGCUAGCAGCGCUGGGCCUGCUUCGGCCCCGGGAGGCCACAGAAUGCGACUCGGUGUCGGAGCGGUCCUCCUCGGCUUCGGACUGCUGCUCGGAGCCGCGCCGGCCGCACCCGCAGAACGCCCCACACACGCCUCUUGAUGCGCUGUUCCACAUGACCAGCAAGACUUUUGAAGCCAACAAUCCUGACAAUGGAGAUGGUCAGUCAAAUCACCUGAACCUGUUCAACUCGAGGCCACAGCCGAAGAAGAAACGAAAAUCCCGAACUGCCUUCACGAAUCACCAGAUCUUCGAGCUGGAGAAACGGUUCCUCUACCAAAAGUACCUCUCGCCUGCAGACAGGGACGAGAUAGCCAGCUCUCUCGGUCUCUCCAACGCCCAAGUCAUCACCUGGUUCCAAAACAGACGAGCAAAGUUGAAGAGAGAUAUGGAGGAACUGAAAAAAGAUGUGGAAAGUGCUAAAGUACUGUCCGCGCAUAAGACCUUUCUAGAAAAUGUCACGGAUUUAGGCAUUUUGAAGAAGAAAGCUAUGAGCAUAGGGGCGAGCGAGGAGGCAGCUACUAACCUGGUAGUGAACGCGUCUAAAUGAAACGAGGCAUCGCGCGCGAUCGCACAGGAGACGUUGUACAAUCGCCGCGCGCUCGAUUUUUAAAAAUCGAAUGUUCGAUUCGAACGAACUCUAUGGUGAAUAACUUUUUUAAACUAUCGAACUUUUUAAUAGUGACGUUUGAUGUAUCUCCACUAAUGGUUUAGUAUGGCGUAAAGUACUUCACUCUCUCUAGUGUUAGUUGUACAUAGAAUCUGAUAGGUGUAGUCUUAGGUAACUGUACAAAAAACUUAUGAAGAAGCUUCGUUGGAAAUUUAAAUGUGAUAGUUGAUUUUAUUAUUUAAGUACUUAAUAAUUUUAUAGAGAUAUUCCUAAAUUAUUUAUUGCGGGGUCUACGUCGACUGGCGCAUGGAUUGCAAUUUCGAAAUUUUAUACUGAAUUAAUUUAUUUCAUGUAUUUUUGUAUUUAUUAAACCAGUACGUGCAAUAUGGAAAUUAUGUUUCAAAACUUCUGUGUGCCAGUGAUGUAAAUCGGAACCUAAAAAUAACAGUGUACAUAAUAGAUAAAUGUGUAGAUUAAGUUUGAAUUUUAAGUAUCUUUGUGUAAGAUCUUUCCAGCAAAUUGUGUCUAGAUAAAUUAGUAGACUAAUUACUAAUUCAUAAUUUUGACUUUGUCACUUAUUAGAGUCUGUGCGGAAAGAGAAGAUAGAAUAUAAGGGAAACAAAACAUUCUAUUGACUCUUCUCUUUCCGCACAGAGGGCUUACCGCGAACCAUGUUCGGCGUGUUGCCUCCCUGUCACACUUACGUACGAAUUUACAAGUGGGACAGAGAGGCAACAAGUCGAACGUGGUUCCCGGUAGGCCCUAAGACUCUACCAAGAUUGAGACUUUAUUACCAGCCGGUAUUAUAAAUGAAUGUUGAAAUAAAUACAAUAUUUUAUGUAUUUUUUCAUAGAAUGAAUCAAUUAAAACAAUUAUUUAUGGUGAAAGUAAUUCUGCACGUGGGCUAGAAUGUUGUAUGUAAAAUAUAAAUUAAUUAUUGAAUUUUAUUACCGUUAAAAGUAAAAUCGAUCGAGUGAGACCACGAGACAUAAUUAAAAUAAGCCUACUUUUAUAAUAAUGCAUAUAAAAUGAAUACAUUACGUCAAUGAAAAUAAAUACUUGAGUAAACAGUUGAAGGUAGAUGAAUACAUUUUUAUGUAUACUAUACAAGUAAGAAUCAAAUUGCGCCUAAAUUGUUCAGUAUUAAAUUAACUAUACAAUUUUAAAAGAUUUCUCGUGGACUCACUCGCCUUAGCGCCAUUAAAUACUCUUUCAAGAAAACCACAUUUAUUUAAAUGUUAUAUUUACCUGUGCAAUAUUGUUAUCAGAAAUAUCAUAAAACGUAUUAAGGAACAAUUGUCAACAUUGAAAUGUUAAAAAGUUCAAUGAAUUGUCAUUUACUUUGUGCCAACUUUUGUCAUCACUAUUUUGCUUCAAAUGUUAUUAUCAUGCCGCGAUCAGAAAGGGAUUAGAAAUAACAGAUUUCCAUACACUUACGUCAAAAUCAAUAUGGAUUGACAGCUAUCUCAAUCCCUUUCUAAUCGCGAUUCAGUAAUACAUUCAAUUUGUAAACUUUUAUCAGUUGUUUUCAGUGAUCGCAUAUCAUUCACUGGUUGUUUUAGAAUAAGCCCUUCAGUCUUUCACAGACAGCGAAAAUAGCCCUUGAAAGAGUAUGGCUGUAUAUAGACCUCUCGUUCCUACCGCAGCGAUGCGAUAUUUUAUACUUAUGUAGUGGCGUCUGCGCCUCCGGUACUGUGCAUAUAAGCUGGUGUAAAUAAAUAAUUAUGUGUUA